AUGGAGGCCAUGCUCUUCACCUAUGUCAAUGAGAAGCUGUUUUCCAAACCUACCUACAGAGCCUUCAUCAAUCUCCUCAACAACUACCAUCCGAAGACAGGUCAGGGGGAACAUUUCAGUGCCCAGCAGUUGGCUGAGCAGGAUACCUUCCUUGAGGAGGUCAUGAAGACGAAUGUCAUGAAGGAACUCUAUGGGUUCCUCCAUCGAAAGAACCACUACAACUCAGAAGAAGAGUUUGUCAAAGACUUGAAGAACAUGUGGUUUGGACUCUAUUCAAGAGACAAAGGAGACAGGGACUCAAGUGGCUUUGAGCACGUUUUCUCAGGUGAAAUCAAACAUGGCAAAGUAACCGGCUUUCAUAACUGGAUCCGCUUCUACUUCCAGGAAAAGGAGGGCCUGGUUGACUAUUACAGUCAUAUCUAUGACGGGCCGUGGGAUUCCUACCCCGACGUGUUAGCCAUGCAGUUCAAUUGGGACGGCUACUAUAAGGAAGUGGGCUCGGCUUUCAUUGGCAGCAGCCCUGAGUUUGAAUUUGCCCUCUACUCCCUGUGUUAUAUUGCCCAGCCAGGCAAAAAGUGCAAGCUGAAGCUGGGUGGAUAUCCCUUGGCUAUCCAGACCUACACCUGGCAUAAGACCACCUAUGGAAAUGGCAAGAAGUACAUCGCCACAGCCUAUGUGGUAUCUUCCACCCACUAG